GUGUCUGAAUUCCAUCCAAGUUUAGCUAUUUCUACAAUACAUCUAUAGCAAAUAAUUUUCCAAUGAAGUUGCAGGCCCUUACCAUUUUCUUGCUUGCUUUUGUAUUAGCAAGUACUUAUGCAGCGAUAUCUCCGGAGGUUUAUUGGAAAAUAAAAUUGCCCAAUACUCAAAUCCCCAAAGUCAUCAAAGAUUUCCUUCCUCAAUCAGACGGCGUUGUUCCUGAGCUUAAACAAGAAAACACUAAGAAGAAAGUGUACUAUGGUUUAAGUGGAUAUAUUCCCAUUAGCUGGCAUCAUGUUGCUAAUUUUGAGUUUCAACGUUUCGUGCUAGAAAACCCCAGCACGAAUAGUGCUACUAACAAGAAUUUGAUCAAACAAGUAACUGAAGGAAGUAGUUUCAAGAAUGAUCUUAAAGUAAAUUAUGAUACUUUGAAACAAUACUUCUUUUUAGAGAAGGACUUGGAGAACGGAAAAGUUGUCGAGUUUCCCUCUUUCCUAAAUAAAAACGAAGCACCAUUUUUACCUAGACAUUUUGUUGAAUCGAUUCCCUUCUCGAUGGAGAAAUUCCCAGAGAUCCUCAACCAUUUCUCAAUCGAUAGUAAAUCAAAGGAUGCUCAAACAAUUAAGAAAACAAUCAAACUUUGUGAAGAGUCAGAAGUGAAACAUAAAGAGAAGAAAACUUGUGUGACUUCUUUGGAGUCUAUGGUAGAUUUCGGGUUAUCUGUACUUGGGACAAACAAUAUCCUCGCGAUUACUUCAGAGGUACAAGGGGAAACUCAAGCAUCCCAACGAUACACAAUUGAACAAGUUCAACAAAUAUCUGAUGGGGAUAACAUGGUUUGCCACAAGCUUAACUACGCGUAUGCUCUACAUUAUUGUCAUGUUGGAGGAAGUACAAGAACAUAUAUGGUAUCUAUGGUCGGUGUUGAUGGAACAAAAGUGAAAGCAGUAUCAGUGUGCCACAAAGAUACAUCUUUUUGGAAUGCACACGCGAUCCCUUUUGUAGUUCUCAAGGUUAAGCCUGGAACUACGCCAAUUUGUCAUUUUCUUCAAGAUGAUCAAAUAGUCUUUGUGCCUAUCUAAAUAGGCCACUAAGAUGCUAUUUGGAGUUAUGAAAUAAGCGUUCAGACGCCAUCCUAAAUCGUCCUCUAAGAGUAGUCGUUUACCUUUUAUGUGUUUCAUGUGUAAUGUAUCUUUAUCUUUAUAAAUAAAUGGAAAUGAUCCUCUGCUUCGUGUUAAUUUUUG